UAUGAUCAUACAAAGAGACUAAAGGACACGUUUCUAUCUAGCAAACAUUGUAUUAUCAACACAAACAUAUAUAGAAAUCUAGAGAGAGCACAACACAUCGAACCAUGGAGCACUCAACAAGAAGCCUAUUCAUAACCAUCGUGAUAACCUCCAUGUUGCUAGGGAUUGGAAACUCUGAUCUGGCUCAAGACAGAGAGGAGUGUACGAACCAGCUCAUAGAACUCUCGACGUGUAUUCCGUACGUUGGAGGAGACGCCAAGGCUCCAACAAAAGAUUGUUGUGCAGGGUUUGGCCAAGUUAUAAGAAAGAGUGAGAAGUGUGUUUGCAUAUUGGUCAGAGACAAAGAUGAUCCUCAACUUGGUAUCAAGAUUAAUGCAUCCCUAGCCGCUCAUCUUCCCUCUGCUUGUCAUAUAACGGCUCCUAACAUCACCGACUGUAUUUCGAUUCUGCAUAUACCUCGAAACUCAACAUUGGCUAAAGAGUUUGAGAGCUUAGGAAGGAUUGAAGACAAUUACAACUCCACAUCUACUUCACAAAUUCAUAAAGAUGGGGCAGGAGGAGGAAAAGCUGAAUCAGUGAAGAGUAAUGGAUGGAAGAAGAAGAAGAGUUGGUUGGGUGUUGAGCUUUUAUAUUUGCUAGUUUCUCUCAUCUUCUUUUAAUUACUUCCUCUAUUUAAUGUUCCUUUGCUUGAUUACAUGCAUGUGUAUGCAUAUGUAUGCAUGUAAUGAGUCACAAAAUUGUAAUCGAAGCGUACAAUUUAAUUCGUUGUUGCCAACUGAUCUUGUACGCCAUGGAUUAUCGACUUACUAUGUUUUUUUUUUGUUUUUAUUGUUGUAUUUUAUAGAAUUAGUGAUGAAAAUGUAAUGUUCUCAUUUGGAUCUUACUUAGCUUUUAGUUUAAUUUGUUAUGUUUUAA